AAGUUGAAACCCAAAAUUCAAAGCUUGCAAACUAAACCCGACCCGAACUUUCUCAUCUAGGUAUAGAGAUUCCACCGGACUCCGCCUCCGCCGUAUUCACAUCCGAUCAGAUCAACAUCUCCAUUCUGAAGAGAAAUCGUGAACAAAAUGCCGUCUCUUCAAACAGCUCUGCCUCCUGAACUCGCCAACAACGCUAUUAGGCUGUAUCGGGAAUGCCUACGUAGAGCCAAGUACAUUGGUCAUAAGCAACAUAACACAGAGCUCGUUGUUCAAAUGGUGAGGCAGCAGUUCAGGAAAAACAUGCAUGAAACCGACCCAGAGAAGAUUCAGAAGCUGAAAGAUGAUGCUGCAAGAGGACUUAUAAAUCACAUAUUAUAUGAGGCUGAGGCAAUGACAGGCAGAAAAUUCAGCUGAAGAUCAUAAUUGCUUUUAGAAGGAAGUUGAUUUUGACUUCUCUUGGGCAUCUUUAUUGAAUAAUUUCACUUGUAACUUGAAUUUGCCAGUGAUUUCUUUGUUUCAUUCAAGUUAUUUGCACCAUACCAUGACAAAGGUAGUUUUUUUAAAUCUGUUUCAUUCAAGUUAUUUGCACCA